AAAAAAAUAUAUGUAUAAAAAUACUAACCCAAACCUUCCACCUCACCAUAAAAAAUAAUCCUUAAUAAUUUAUUCUAAUCAUCUUCGAAAAUAAUUAUUAUUCUUUAUAUAUUAUUCUCGUUGCCCUUUGCCUCCGAAUUCCCACAGUCAUCUCCACAUUUCAUGUACCGUACCAUACUCUCCGCCUGCUCUUGCCACGAGCGAUUCCUGAGGAUUAAUUAAUUAGCCUUGCUAUAUAUAUAUAACCGCGGCCUGCUCAUCAGCCCCAAUUCUGUUCCCACCACCACCACCACUCCCCUUGACACUAUAUGCCAUUCGUUCGUUAAUUCGACACUUCCAAUAAUUAUUACUCCCAGCUUCUGAAUUUGCUGAAUUUGCUGAAUUUGCUGCAUUAUCAACACUGAGGAGGAUUCGGAUCGACAAAUUCGGGACCUUAGCAAAGCAGGCCGCCGGCUUACAAGGGAAUCAAGAGAUUGAAAAUCACCUCGGAAAGGACUGCGGUAGACAAAACAGAAAAAAGGGAAAAAGAGAGAGAGAGGGAGAGAACAGUGGAACUGUUGCUUUGAAGGAGCAACGCUGGAUUAUACAGCGAACAAAAGGAUUCGCUUCGAGGAAUACAUGCCCUCCCUUAACCCUCUACGACACGCAGCCGGACAAAUCAUGCCUUCACGAUUAAACAGCCCCGUCCUCUCGGUGGACGCGGCGAAGAUUCAUGAGGUGGAUACAAGAAAUGCAGAGUCGCUACAUGGAAUGUGGAUGGUUUUCUCGAAAUGUGCAGAUUACAUGGAGGAAGGCAGACGGCUAGAGAACCUGAGCUGGAGAUUAUGGACCAGAGAAACGUUUUGCGUCGAACCAGCACCAGCAGCAAUCCCUCCUCUAGAGGUCCGACGAUUACGAUAUGAGUCCAGGGAGAUCCCAGAACUGUCGUCGAGCGUGGAAUCUGCCGCUUCGGAUGAGGCGGAACGCAUUGAAAGCCACAUCAACGCAUCGCGGACGCUCGAUCUCAAGCCUACCAUCCUUGAAGAUGAAUCGGCAUUGAGUAUAAGCAGAGGGAAGGAAAAGCAUAUAACAUCGUUGGGAUUGGAACGGAUGGUUUAUACUAUCAAGGAGAAGAAGCAUUUGGAACCCUUAUCAUUACCUACACCCACACCUCAACUCGCACCUCAACCCGCAGCGACUGCGACAACUAAAGCUGCCGCCCCCGCUAUAGUCGUCAUUAAAUCUCGCCCAUCGUCACCCACUCCCACUCCCGCCCUAAUAGAAUCGCACGCUGUCCGCCCUCAUCAAUCGUCAGAUUCCUGUUCUACAACUGCUCUCGACGGCCUAGAGAGUGACCACGCUCCUCAAGUAGGCUCAGAUACCAGCGUCUCGUCCUCAGGACUGUUGGAGUCAUCCACCAUAGUCCGCGGAUUUUCCCCAUCGCAUAUUUCCUCCUCAUACCGAUCACAUACAAAAAUAUCAUCGAGUCCCGCUCCUUCAAAGACGACAGUGACACAAAAAGGCUCACCGCUCAAAAAGAAGGGUGGGAUGUUUACCCUAGGAGGCUCAUCAGGUGAUGACGAGAGCUCCUUUGAGGAUCGCCUCGCAGCGGAACCCCAACAACCAACCCAACAGCAACAACAACCACAACAACAACGCAGCUCGCUAUCAGAUGGUCUUCACCAAGUUGCUAACACUAUGCAGAAGAUGACCAUGUUAAAAAAUUCGAUAAGUUCCAGAACACCCAUCCGACCAAUUACUGAGAGUUCGGAGGAUGAGGAUGCGAUCGAGACCGACGAUGAUGAAGAGAUCUCUGAAAGCGCCAUCGAAGACGACGACGAUUCCUCAGACUGGGAAGACUCCGUUACCGAAAGCGGUCGAUCGAGCAUAGACGAGAAGGAACUGUUCCAGCGCGUCGAUUCGCGACCGAAUCUCGUCUCGCGACGGUCGCUACUAACAAUGAUGAUGCACCAACCACAACGCAUGAACGGUCCCAUCGUCAGCAAAUCCGGGGGACCCCCAGGCUCCCGAUCAACCCCCGCUCUCCAACGAUCGCGCCUCUCCUCACCAACCCGCGAUUCCGCCGCUGCAUCCCCAGACAGCGACGAGAACACCCUCACAAUGAAAGGGCCCGACAUGCCCCGCUCCAAACCCAUAGUCGUUAAAUCAAUACCCACCUACCAGCACCAAGUCCCCCACUCUCCCCGAACAACCCGAAGAAACAUGCUCGCUACAGAGUUGACAGAGUCUCUACGACGACAUCUGCUUUGGGAACGACAACAGAAGGCCACCACUCUCAACGCAGGCUUCAAGCGACGACAUACAGCGCAUGACAUGGCCAAUCUGCAAGAAUAUCCUGGCCCCGUGGGCACGAAGCUGAACGGCCAGAAGCAGACCCAGACCCAGACACAGACGCAAAACGCCGCAGCAGAUAAAGACGCCUCCAAGAAUAACUCGUGGAAUCAUUAUUUCGACUACUGGCCCUACGAAUAUCAUGUGAAGGGCUGGUGAUUUUUUUUAUUUUUUUUUUUUAAUUUCCUUCAUGUUCACUUUUAUAUAUAUAUUUGCCCCCACCUUGUCGUUGACUGCAUAGUUUGCCUGAGUCUGCAUCAUACAUUUUUUUCGUUUCUGUCGCUCACCGAACCUCGUCUUUAUUCCCAACAUUAUAGUAUUAUUAUCAUACUUGCACUUUUAGAUACCCCCCAACCUCAACAACCACACCUUUGUUUUGAUAUUUUUUUCUUUCUUUUUUUUUCUCCCGCAAUAAACGCAAGGCAACUCCCGUCAUAGCUUUAUUUUGUUUGUGUUUUUAUUCUUCGGCCUCUCUUGUUACCUUCAUACUUGAUUCCAUUCAUGUACCUCAUCUUUGCCAGUGCAUAUUAGCAUACCAUUACCAUACAUACAUACCAUGCAUACAUUAACUUCUUCAAUCAGUUUGUUGUUCUUUGCUUUUUUCCAUGAACGGAUUUGUUUUAAUUCUAUAUGGCCAGGGUUGCUAGGUGAAUCGGUCUAAUUCAGAAAGGGCGUUUUAUGACACUUCAUGUUCCAGUCCAUGUACACGUACUUGGGUACCUCUUGUUAUGUAUAUAGCUAUUUAUUAGCUACUUAAUGAAUUAAAAAUACAAAUUAGAAAACCAAAAAAAAAGAAGAAAAAAAAAAAGGACAGCACAUCGCUCAGGUGGCCCAGUGUAUGCUGACCCCAGACACAUACACACAUAGACAUAGACGUACAUACAUACAUUAUUAUUAUUACACAUGCCUGCUUCACCG